AUGUUAAAUCGCAUACUAAAGGAAGUCAAGGUACCAUUCCCGGAUGACUUUUUCCCCGAGAUCACCGUGUCAACAGAACUUUCCAAUGACUUGCAUCGUACUGCGUCACAACUCUUGAACCAGACACUGAAGCAAGAAUCAUCGAGGACCCGGUGCCAUCCGAAUGAAGAACCAGAUCAGUGGAAACUUAUUGGAGAUUACAAUGGACUGCAAUUAUACCGAGAACGAACAUUUACCAAGGGUGAUGCUAUCAAAGUGAAUGUGCUGGGUCAAAUAACUGGCACGUUAGAAAACGUGUUACUUGCACUUUAUGCAUCGACUAAUGGAGCCCUCAAGACCCAACGUGCUAUUAUGCACAAUGCCUAUCUAGACGCAGCCGUACUCCAGGUGCUGGAGAAGGACCCAUAUAGUGAACAUGACACGAGCUUUUCUUAUCAAUUUGAGGGGAUCAAAUGGCUUGCAAGCGCUCCCAUGGGCAAGUUAAUGCAUAAGCGAGACUUGUGCUGGCACGAACAACUUGGACGAACACAAGACGCCCAUGGGAAUGAAGUGGGCUACCUUGUUAUGCAAUCCGUGCAAGUAGACGGUUGUCCGCCUUUUGAAAAGCAAGGACUGAUACGAUCAACGGCCGCAGUGUGCUACAUAUUCCGCCCGCUCCCAAACAAGUGCGUGAGAGUUUAUAUGAUGGGAAAACAUGCAGUCGGAGGAAAGUCGAGAAUUGGUUGGAGUACAGAUCUGAUCAUGGUAGAGCUGUGGCUCGGAGUGGCGAAUGCAUUGGAAUGUGUAAACGCGAAACGACUGUCAAAACUCGUGAGUGGCAAAGACAUGCUCAUCAUCAGCGGACAGAGUAAGACGUGCGAUACUUGCGACUCCAAGCUUAAGAUGCUCAAAACGAAUCAGAACUGCAAGAUCUGCGGCAAGAGCGUGUGCAAGUACUGUCGAAUGACCAAGAUGAUCUACCCGUCACGCAACACAGGCAACUUUCCGUGCAGUUACUUUUUCUGUAAGCCGUGCUUGAGUGACGCGAAGGAAAAGCUCUACGGACGGUCUGCUGCUUCGGUCAGCUUCCACUCUCAAGAUUCGUUAGUCCGGUCCGGAUCAAACCGAUCUGGAUUGCUGAAACGCACGGACGUUCAAAUGACAGGACAGCUAGGGCUCUCUAUCAUGCCGUUGUCUUCUGAUCCAACUCCAGCAAGACGUCAGGGAGUGCAGUCACCUGACCGAAUUGGAUCAGCCACGAUUCCUCCUGUCACAGGAAUUGUGGCUUACCCGUCAAGCCCGUGCAGAAGUACUAGCAGCUACUCCAGUGCUCAAACUGCUGUAUCGUCAGCCCCUUCAAUGCCUCACUAUAGCAUGCCAUCGAUGAAUCCUGGUGUUAUCUCUGAUGGACCUCGAAGCAUGAAAGCAUACCAGCUACCUACAGGUCGAUUUUCGGUUCGACCAGUUGAUAGUCGGGCAGUUGAAGGCUCAUCUAGAGUGCAGCACACGACAAGCAAUUGUAUGCGCCGCAAUGCACCACCGAGAGUAUACGAUGAUAGCCAUCUUUUAGGUUACCAUGAUGUGGUGCUUUUGGGCAACAAGUCGCCAAGUGGUAGCGAAGACAUGGACAAGCAGUACUCUGUCGGAGAGAACGAGGUACAUCGCCACAGACAUAUUAGCGAUGAUAGUGAUAUGAUCGAAGAGUCCUCGGAUGAAGAGGACGCGCACGUUACAAUCUUCCGCAACGGGCGGAAAAAUCAUACCAGUAUUGAUGGCGUUGCUGAAGGCGAGGAGAUUGAGAUCAUUCGUCUAUCAAAUUUCGGAAGGGAUUCAUUAAGUAAACCUGAACCUGUGCAACUGUUCGAGAAAGACAGGCGCAACCAUUUCCACUUCAAUGAUACAGCAGUUAGCUCUACUGGUGAUGUCACAACUUCUCUAGAUGGUUUAACUGAGCAGGAAAAACUCAUGGAGAGACUCAUGCAGAUCAACAUGACGGCAGAAGCGACGUACUUGAUGGCCAAGUACAACUCAAAUAUCCAUGGCAAUUUCGCACGAUAG